UGUGGAGCUGGACAACAGUGGGCUAUAGACAACGGGGAGUGCACAGAAAUCCCUGUAAGUGGAAUGGAUGGUGAUAUUUGCAGAAUUGCUCAGAAGCAGUGUUGCGUCUCCACCGUAAAGGAGAACAGCUGCCUGGCUGGCAUGAUUGCUGCGAAGGAAGGAGAUGUGUGCGGACCAGAGGAAAGCGAUCCCUGUGGAGGAUCAUCAUAUAAGCAAUGCUGCGAUUGCUGUAAUCUGGGCCUGCGAUUAAGGAGUGAGGGGAAAACCUGUGAGUCCAACAUAAAUCUGGGCUACCCCUGCAGUCAUGUGAUGCUGUCCUGCUGUGAAGGGGGAGAUCACUUUAUCCAUCCAGAAAUAAAAAGGCAUCCUGAACCUUUACCAACAGUAACACCUGAGAAGGUUUCAGAGACGGAAGGUCACAAUGAAGCUUUGUCCAUCAGUAAUGAAGCUGAACUGUCAAAUAACCUGCCUGGAGAUGACCUGGAUGAAUGCCUUAUCUACGGUGGGGAACUCUGUCAGCAUUUGUGUAUAAACACUGUGGGGUCCUACAAGUGUUCGUGUUUUCCAGAAUUCACUUUGCAAGAUGAUGGAACCAGCUGCUCUCCAGAUCCUGACAAAGAACAGGUGACAAGGCUGGAAGCAGAAGCCACCAUCCCUUCAGCAGCCUCUCCUUCUCAGCCUCUUCUCAUCAUGUCCUUACAAGAAGAGCAGGAUAAGUGUAAAGAUAAUGGCCCCUGCAAGCACAUCUGCAAUAUUGUGGAAGGAAAUGUUGUAUGCUCUUGCUUGUCUGGAUAUACUAUCAUGGCUGAUGGAAUUUCUUGUGAAGACAUCAAUGAAUGCGUAACAGAUACGCACACCUGCCAGCGGAGAGAGCACUGCGUCAACACGAUGGGAUCAUUCAAAUGUCUCCAGGAAUUGAGCUGUCAGCCAGGUUAUGAACUUAAGGAUGGAGAAUGUGUUGAUAUUGAUGAAUGCGAGAGGGGAACUCAUAGUUGUAAAGUAAACUUCGUUUGUCAGAAUACAGAAGGAUCAUUCUACUGUGAGUCAAAGCAACGCUGCAUGGAUGGAUUUUUACAAGACCCUGAGGGAAACUGUGUUGAUAUUAAUGAAUGCACAUCUCUCCCUGAGCCAUGUAAACCAGGAUUCAACUGCAUCAAUACUGUUGGGUCUUACACCUGCCAAAGGAACAUGCUGACAUGCAGCAGAGGCUACCACUCCAAUGAGGAGGGAACCCGAUGCAUCGAUGUGGAUGAAUGUCAAACUGGUGUACACCGUUGUGGCGAAGGGCAGAUUUGUCAUAAUCUUCCUGGGGCUUAUCGCUGUGACUGCAAGAUGGGAUAUCAGUAUGAUGCGUUCAGCAGAAGCUGCAUUGAUAUAAAUGAGUGCUGGAAUUACCCCGGACGCCUGUGUCAGCAUACGUGUGAGAACACCCCUGGGUCCUACCAUUGCACUUGUUCUUCUGGUUUCCGCUUGUCCUAUGAUGGGAAGCAUUGUGAAGAUGUGAAUGAAUGCGAAACUAGUCCCUGCAGCCAGGAGUGUGCCAAUGUUUAUGGUUCCUAUCAGUGUUACUGCAGGCAAGGUUUCCAGCUAGCAGAAGAUGGCCAUUCUUGUAAAGAUAUCGAUGAGUGCACACAGAGUGCAGGCAUUCUUUGUACUUUCCGCUGCGUGAAUGUUCCUGGUAGUUAUCAGUGUGCUUGUCCUGAGCAGGGAUAUACCAUGGCAGCAAAUGGAAGAACCUGUCGAGAUGUCGAUGAAUGUGCAAUAGGAACCCAUAACUGUUCAGCUGCAGAGACUUGCUAUAACAUCCAGGGCAGCUUCCGCUGCCUGUCCUUUGAGUGCCCUUCCAACUACAGAAAAGUAUCUGACAUGAGGUGUGAACGAAUCAGUUGUUUUAAUUAUCUGGACUGCCAAAAUACCCCGGUGCGCAUUACCUAUUACCAGCUGAACUUCCAAACCAAUAUCGUGGUCCCAGCUCAUAUUUUCCGUAUUGGACCAUCACCUGCCUAUGCUGGAGACAACAUAAUCCUUACUAUCAACAAGGGAAAUGAAGAAAACUACUUCAGCACUCGAAGGCUGAACUCGUACACGGGCAUUGUCUAUCUUCAGCGACAAGUGAAAGAGCCUAAAGACUUUUUGUUAGAUGUUGAAAUGAAACUGUGGCGUCAGGGAACAUACACUACUUUUCUUGCCAAAAUUUACAUUUUCAUCACAGCUCAUGCGUACUGAAGCAUGUAUUGACAUUGGAUUUUAUUGGUGCUAUGCUCUUUAACUGUUCUACCAAAGCUUAAUACUGUUGAACUGGCAUUUAGUGUAUCUAGCCUUUAUAUUAUUUUUCUAUCAUUGCUUUAAACUUUUUUAUUGGUUGUGUAAAUUAAGUUAAUUUUUAUCUUUUUUUUUUUUGUUUUCUUACGCAAUUCUUUACAUCAUCAUUUGACAAUGAACGAAGGAAGGGUUAGAAAGGCAGUACAAGCAUUAUGUUAAAUGCUGGAACCUUUUCUUAGAAAUUAUUUUUAGGUUUAGUCACAUCUGCAGGGUAUUGCACUAGAGAGGAAAGAUGUUCACUUGGGAGUAUUGGUUUUUGCCACUAUGGGAAAAAAACCUUGAGCAAUUUCUCUUUAUUACACAAACUUAUGGUUUGGCUUAGCCACUGACUUUACUGAGGUUUCUCUGUGUUGAGAUGCUGUGUUGAAGGCCGUAUGUGUACACUGACGGUUAGCUCACCUCAUAUUACCGGUUUAUUUUCCUCCUUCCAACUUUCGUAAUAUGUUGCCUAAAAAUAUAUAUAAAUAAA